GCACCUGGCGCGGCCCCGCCCGGCCGCGGCGGUGGGCGGGCCCCGCAUGCAGAUGCGUCCCCCGCCUCUCCGGUGCGUGCUGAGGUCAGGCUGGGCUGCGCUGCCAGCGCGGAGGAGCGGGGCUGAGGUCGCGGCAGACCCGGAGCCGCGGGGGCGGGCGCGGAGCUACGGCGAGCGCCUGGCUCGGGCUGGGAACGGCUUCCUCCCGCCGGGAAGCCGGGGGGCUCGGCGGGGCCCUUCCAGCCGCUGGCAGCGGGAGAGCGGGGAGUGCGCGGAGCGGGGCGCCCGGCCCGCCCCGCCGACCCGCUCCUCCAUGCGGGCGGCGAGCGGGGCUGGGGCGCGGGGCGCCGGGGGCAGCGCGCAGCGGUGCUGAGGCCGCGACUGGGAGAGACGAUGGCCAAAUGGCUGAACAAGUACUUCAGCCUGGGCAAUAGCAAGACCAAGAGCCCUCCGCAGCCCCCGCGGCCCGACUACCGGGAGAAGCGCAACGGUGCCGGCAGCGCGCCCCGCCCCGAGGGGCCGCCGCACCUCCACCUCCACCACCACCACACCUCGCCCGGCUUUUCGCGCCGCCGUCUGCGCGACGACACCAGCGACCUGCUCCGCGCCUACCGCGCCCAGAAGGACCGCGACUUCGAGGACCCCUACAGCGGGCCCGGCUCGUCCCUGCGCAAGCUGCGCGCCAUGUGCCGCCCCGACUACUCGGCGCCCGAGGACCUGGGCGAGGCAUCCCUCAAGGCUUCUUCCUCCUCCUCCUCUUCGUCGUGCUGCGCCACGCCUCCCACCACCGGCUCCCCGCACCUCUUCCGCAGCCACAGCGAGCGCCGCCCGGCGACGCCGCCCGACGUGAAGUACAUCUCCCCCAAGCACCGGCUGAUCAAGGUGGAGAGCGGCGGAGGAGGCAGCGACGGCGCGGGCAAGAAGCUCAACAAGGGCCCCAAGCAGCCGACGGUUGCUGCCCCCCCUGCCAUGAAAGAUAAAGUAUUGAUAGCUGAUGACUACUCAGAUCCGUUUGAUGCUAAAAGUGAGUUGAACAGAAUGGGAAAAGGGGAGAACACCGGCUAUAUGGAACCAUACGAAGCCCAGAGAAUAAUGGCUGAGUUUCAACAGCAGGAAGGCAUGAAGUCCCAUCAGAAAAACAUGCAGCUCUAUGACACACCCUAUGAACCAGAAUGCAGUGGUGUGGAAUCUGAUUCUGAAAGUGUGGUGAGUCGCCGUCUACGAGAAAGCAAAUUGCCACAGGAUGAUGACAGGCCUGCAGAUGAGUAUGAUCAGCCAUGGGAGUGGAACAAAGUCAGCAUCCCAGCUUUGGCAGCCCAGUUUAAUGGAAGUGGGAAACAGCAAGCUUCUCCCACAAAUGACCAGCACAGGCAAUUAAGAGCACCUGGAGGAGGCUUUAAACCUAUCAAACAUGGCAGUCCAGAAUUUUGUGGGAUCCUGGGAGAGAGAAUAGAUCCAACUAUUCAACUGGAAAAGCAGAUAUGGUAUCAUGGAGCAAUCAGUCGGACAGAUGCAGAAAACCUGUUGCGUUUAUGUAAGGAGUGUAGCUACCUUGUAAGAAAUAGUCAAACAAGCAAGCAUGACUAUUCACUUUCACUGAAGAGCAGUCAAGGUUUUAUGCAUAUGAAGCUGACGAAAACCAAAGAGAAAUACAUCCUGGGUCAGAACAGCCCUCCUUUCGACAGUGUCCCUGAAGUCAUCCACUACUACACUACAAAAAAGCUGCCUAUCAAAGGAGCAGAACACUUGUCCUUGCUCUACCCUGUGGCUGUACGGACUCUCUAAUAACCUAGUCUCACCCCUUCCUGUGGAUGGGAGGUGAGAGAUAAGCUGGGUUGCACAGAAUUUGUUGCCAGAAUUCAGAGCCUGAGUCUAUGAUGGAGAGAGGCAGCAUUUAGUCUUGUGAAUGUGGGCUCUCUGCAGAGUUGUCUAUGGGACUGUGUGUGUGAUAUACUUGUGCUGCAGCAUGCCUCUAGAAUUGUAUUGCUGCAUAACAGAAAGAACACUUAUUUUAAUGCAAGAAAGGCAGAUAGCCUUCCCAGACUUUCUAUGUGAAUGAAAGUGCUUCCCAAAAAAAGUUCUUCCUUCGUGUUUUGAGAAGAAUCAACAAGUUCUUCUCAGCAGUAAAAAACCAACAACUUGUAUUCUCUUGCUACCCUGAGAAACUUCUCCAUGAGAAAGAGUAACCUUACUCUGAGGGACCCUAGGGUGUUCUUGAUGGACCUGAGAAGGAGCUGCUUAGCAAGCAAGUCUCUGGCUCUGGUCACAUAGUUUGAUGGGUUUGGGAUUUUUUUAAUGCAGUUUCUUAGGGUAGUCAAAUAUUGAACUUCUAUUAGACACACAAUCUUAAAAUAGUUUUGUGAGAGCAAAUUAUGGUCAAUUACUUAUGAAUAGGGGAUGUAAUUAAACAGUAGUUGGUUAUAUAUUUUUAUCCUUUUUGGUACAAUAAUCUCUUAAUGUUUACUGUCUUCAUUUGCAAGUUUCAUUUGUAGGUACAGGCAGCUAAUUCUGUUUGGGGCAGUUACACCAUAAUGUUUUAAGUAGUUAGGAUAAGUAAUUUUGAUAUGUGGGUUAGUAUUUAUGCAUGAGGGUGGUCAAAGGCUUUUAUAAAGCUUUAGUAGGCAAAAUCUUCACUUGCUCAUUCAUCUGGAUCUAACAGCUGUCCUACUGAUGUAGCAGGCUAAUGUGUAUCAUGCUGCCUUUCAACAAGAUGGCUUCUGCAGCUGUGAGAAUUGCAGUAUGUAGCAGAGCAGAAUUUUUUCUGGUCUACCAAGGCAUUCUUAAGCUAUAGCCCCGUUGGCACAUACCUUCUGCUCUUUUUCACCAUGAGCAGAAGCCUGCCUCCUGCUGUAUUUCAGUCACUGUCAGCCAGAAGCACUGUGGAAGCUGCUCUGUAUCUUAGUCCUGCCAACUCAGUGCCCAUCUACUUGGGACAUAUUUUCUACAUGCUCUGUGUGCUCAUUCAGUGAGAUAAGUGAAAAAUUAUAAUUGUACACAAGCUGGAACUGGGGAAUCUAUAGCCUUAUAGUCCUCAUGUUGUGCCAUCUCCCACAUAUGUCUAGAAUGUUGUGCAUUAAACCAUCAGCUGGUAUAGUAGCAAACUGGUUAUAUGCAGGUUAUGUAUUUUACAGACAGCAAUAGGACUGUGAAAUUGUGUGCUAUUUAAUUCAGCUUUCUUAGCUACUACUAUUUUUUAUGUAUGCUUAGGAAGAAGUGCAAAUCUGAAAAUUGUGAUGGAAUAACCACUUAUUGCCUGUAAAAGUAGUUCUUCAUGGUAUUGUUAAUUCUGUUAAGAACCUCAAGGAUGACCCAUAUAUUCUCACUGGUGCUAAAUAUUCUGUUUCCUUUUAAGCCUGCCUUAUUCUUUAAAUGGUAUCCAAUGCAGAUUGAACAGAAGUUGAUAGGUGUGUGAAGAGCCCAGUGUCAUUCUGUGCAGCAAUGGGUCAAACUGUCUGUCUUACCCAGAACUGGAAGCUGCAUUGAAAUAAGUUUACCAGUUUUCUGAGGAGGGUGGCUCAAUGGAGGACAAAGAGACAAUGUUCCUUUCCAAGUGAAAACAAACAUCCCCUUUUCAUGUAUUGAUGCCACCCAAGAUGAACCCAAAAUGGUCACAAAAUGGAUGACCAGUCACAAGGUGUCACACUUCUGUAAGUUUUGUUCCAUUAGCAUAUUUGAGUUAAUUGUCCAAUUAUAGGUUGAGGUUAUGAACUUCCAUCCUCCUUGUUUUCUCUCUUCAAUUCACCAUUGUUUAUACUUUUUGGGCCUGGAGCUUGUAACAGUUGUCCUAAUAAGCUGGAAAAGGAAUUGUCUACCUACCCUGUGAAGAGAACUUAGCAACACUUAAUAUGACGCUCAGAGCUACACACUAAACCAGCACAGAAUCUGAAAAAUAUGAAAGCUAAAACCUAAGGCGUCAUGUUCACCUGCCUGCUUUUUUUAUUUCCCUAAAGUCUACUGUCUUAAUAUCAUUCAACUGACAAGAGCGUACAGGCACUUUGAAGUUAGUAUAUUCUCUCACCAGAGUAGGAGUUUAUGAAGGUGGCAGAGUUCACACAGAUUAGGAAUCAGGUGACAUCUGCUCUGAAUCUUGGCCUUUGUGGGCUUGAGCAACACUAUCAUGCCCUUUGGGACAGAAAUGUGUUAUUUCUUCUUUUGUGUGUUGAAUCUGGCAUGAUUGCUGUUCCAUAGUCUGUUUUCCUUCUUUAAAGGGAAAAAAAAUGUAUGCCCCUACUCUGUCUUAACAGCAAUUAACAGUAGAAACCAAUAGCAUCAUUAACCAAGGCCUUGUCUGGCUUCCUUAAGCACUUUGUCUUUAAUUCAUGGGGAUAACUAUUGUACCAGACCUUCCUUGUCUUGGGUCUGAUCAAAAGUCAGAUGAAGCCAGCAAGUGCCAUUUUAUUACUGUCUGAAUAUUUUGGGUUGGGAUCCAUUGUUUCAUACAAGUUAUGUGAAUGUGCAUCAUACAAAUGAGUAUACUGCUUUUUACAGCUUCAAGGAUCAGAUCAAGGUUCUUGGUUCAGUAAGAGGAAAUCAUCUCAGAACAUAUUGGUUGUCCUCAGAACAUUGGUUGUCCUCAGUAUUGGUUGUCCAUGGGAAAGUUUUUUUAUUAUUUUUCUAAAAGACUUUUAGAAAGUACUCAAUAAUUGCAGAAUAAAUAAAACCAGGAUUUUGUUUGCACUGUAAUGUUGUCUCUGUUUAUUUAAGUGAUUGUAUGAUAUUUUUCCAGUGAAGGCAUAUUCUUCCCAGAUUUUUUAAUGUACAGUGAAAAUGCGGUGUGUUAACAGUGUGUAGUAUUGCGUAUAGGUGGAGGAUCUUGUAGUGAUCAUGCCUAUAUUGCACAUUAAAAGUUUAUUUUAAAAAAUAUA